CACCAGUUCAUUACAUCAAAAAACAUAAAAAAAAAAAAAACUUAAUUUGAUCUGUUUCUUUGCCUUGCAUACAUGGUGAAAAUGUGGGUCACCAAGCUUUUCUUAGCCACAUGCUUCAUGACCCUGACGCUAGUUCCCUUCUCCCUAGCCCAAAAUUCCCCCCAAGACUUGGUGAACGCACACAAUGCGAUUCGUGCCAAAGUCGGGGUCGGUCCGCUCGUCUGGAACCACACCGUGGCGGCUUACGCCCAAAAUUACGCCAACAAAAGGGUUGGGGACUGCAACCUGGAGCAUUCAUAUGGACCCUACGGUGAGAACCUCGCUGAAGGCUAUGGCAACCUCAACGGCGUCGACGCCUUGAAAAUGUGGGCUAGCGAGAAGCCUGACUAUAACUACGCCUCCAACUCGUGCAAUAGCGGUGGUGAUGACUGCCUGCACUACACUCAGGUUGUCUGGCGCAAAUCGGUUCACCUUGGGUGCGGCAGAGCUAAGUGUGAGAAUGGUUGGGUUUUUGUUAUUUGCAGCUAUGAUCCUGUUGGAAACAUCGAGGGCCAACGCCCUUAUUAACCACACCAUUGCUCUGCUUUUCUCGCCCUCGAAACGAUCUCUGCUGUGUUUAAUUAUCUUUCUCUGUAUGUUACAGAGAAGCAUAAAUUAAUAUAUAUAUAUAUAUAU